AUGGCAUCGAAGGAGCUUACGGAGCUCAAGGCUCAAAUUCAAGAGUUAUUGGAUCGUGGGUUCAUCCGUCCUAGUGUGUCCCCGUGGGGAGCACCGUUACGUGAAGUAACAUUCCUGGAACAUGUGGUGUCUGCUGAGGGGAUUCAAGUCGAUCCUCAAAAAAUUGAGGCUGUAUUGGGCUGGAAGCAGCCUAAGAAUGUGUCUAAAAUCUGCAGCUUUUUAGGGCUGGCAGUUGAGGAUGGUGGCACUACUGAUUUUGGGAUAAACAAUAAUGGGGUACUUUAUUUCCCCGGUCAGAUUUGUGUACCGAAUGAUGAGGACUUAAAGCAGUCGAUUCUGAGAGAGACGCAUGGUAGUCCCUAUACUAUCCAUCGCGACGGGAACAAGAUGUACCGAGGUCUUCAGGAAUUAUACUGGUUGCCAGGGUUGAAGCGUAAGGUUACCGACUUCAUUGCUUUUUGUUUGACUUGUCAGCAGGUUAAGGCUGAGCAUCAGUUACCUUCGGGUUUGCUGCAGCCAGUUAAGAUACCAUUAUGGAAAUGGAAGCAAGUAACGAUGGACUUCGUUAGUGGUUGGGAAGAGAACUUGUCGUUAGUGGAGUUUGCCUACAAUAAUAGCUUCCAGCCUAGCAUCCAGAUGGCACCUUACGAGGUACUAUACGGUCGUAAGUGUCGCACUCCUUUAUGUUGGAUUGAGUUGGGCGAGCGACGUGUUCUAGGUCCUGAGUUGGUCUCUGAGACAGAGGAUAAUGUUAGAUUGAUUCGGGAUCGUUUGAAAGCGGCUUCUGAUAGGCAGAAAACGUAUGCAAAUUUAAAGAGGCAUGAGAUCAAGUAUUCUGUGGGGGACUUACUUUUUCUCAAAGUCUCGCCAUGGAAAAAGUUGGAGCUACCUCCGAAGUUGGACCGUAUUAUUGAUAUUUUUCACGUCUCGAUGUUAAGGCACUACUGCUCUAAUACCAUGCAUGUUGUUUUUGUUGAGAAGAUUGAGGUUAGGCCAAACAUGACCUUCGAGGUGGAACCGGUUCAGAUUCUAGAGCGUGAUAUAAAAGUCCUUCGAAAAAGUACAUUCCCUUAUUGA